GUGGUAUUAUCACUGUCAGUUUCAUACAUUUAAACAGUAACAAACUGUUUUCGAUGGUCAAACUAUAACAGAAACAAUACCACGUUACUGCUGUUUUUUACGGAGCCUUUAUAUUUUGCAUAUUCUUGUGCUUCUAAUGGAACAUUCUUCUACAUCCAGAGUAUUUUAAUUCCUCUCUACAAACAUUCACAUACAUUUACUUCUGUUUUUUUUUUUUCACUCUACUGUUGACCGGACGAUUAUGCUUACUUUUUGAAUCAUAGAAUAUAUAAUUAAAAUAUGUCUUUAGUCAUAUUUAGGUGCAUUUUCUCUUAUCGAAUAAGUCACACUAACUUAUACAACAGGAUGUGUGAUGUAACCGAAACAAUAACUGCUAUAAUUGCAUAUGCUAACAGACAUGAUGUCGAUGUGUUUAGGUGCUUCUUCAGGUAUUGGAGUAGGAAUUGCAGUUCAUUUUGCAAGUUGCGGAUGCUUCCUAGCUUUGAAUGGGCGAAAUGUUGACAGACUGAAAAUCACGAAGGAGAAAUGUAUCAACUCUGGACAACUUUCUGAAAAUAAAGUUUUGCUUGUGCCUGGAGAUGUGUCUAUUCCAGAAGAUGCAGAAAAAAUUGUAAAGGAAACUGUGAAGCACUUCGGAAAAUUGGAUAUAUUGAUAAAUAAUGCUGGCAUUAAUCGAUUUGGCGAAGCGACAAAAGUAACUUUAAAAGAAUUUGAUGAAAUAAUGAGAGUUAAUGUACGAGCAGUUUUUCAUAUGAUACAAUUAUGCAUUCCUCAUCUUGAGCUUACAAAGGGAAGUAUUGUGAAUGUGUCUAGUAUUGCUGCAAAAAGAGGUUUUCCGAAUUUAUCUGUGUAUUGUGCAAGUAAAGCGGCUGUAGACCAAUUAACCAAAAGUAUUGCUGCUGAAGUUGCUUCAAAGAAAAUCCGAAUCAACAGCAUUAACCCAGGUUUUGUAGAAACUAACUUACUUAAAAAUGCGGGAGUGCCUGACGAAGAAUCCCAAAAGUAUGCUAAAAGUAGCAACAGUACUCAUCCUCUUGGCAGAAAUGGCACUGUGGACGAUAUGGCAAAAGCUAUUGCGUUCUUGGCUUCUGAAGAUUCAUCAUUCAUAACUGGAACAACAUUACCUGUGGAUGGAGGAAGAAUUGUACUCUGCCCUCGAUAAUUAUCUUGGGCACACACACACACGUUAAGAAAACAAACAAAAGAAAUUUUGUUUUUCCUGUUACGAAAUAUUUUGAAUUUGAAAAUUAAACUCGUGAAAUGAAAUUUUGUGUCAAAACAAUUUGG